CUCUCUGGUUCGGAGUUUGGGUCCAGAUCUGAUCCCAUCAGCCAGAGAUCAGAGGAUACUAUCUUAGAAGAAGACAUGGGUCGUGGAAAUAGCAGCGGUGGUGGCCAAAGUUCCUUGGGUUAUCUUUUUGGUAGUGGAGAGGCUCCCAGUCCCAACAAACCAGCCACAAACAAAGCUCCAGCUGCACCAAGUGAAGCACCUGCUGUGACUACUGUGGCUGCUGCCAAACCUGCUCCUGCUCCUGCUCCUCAACCUCCUGUGGAUAUUACUAAGCAGAUCCCAGCUGGUAUUCACAGCACAUCUACCAACAACUACAUGCGGGCUGAUGGCCAGAACACCGGCAACUUUAUCACGGAUCGACCCUCAACUAAGGUCCAUGCUGCCCCUGGUGGUGGAUCUUCUCUGGGUUACCUCUUUGGUGACGGUGGUGGUAACUAAGGAUACUGCAUCUUGACAAUGGAAACUGUUACAUUGAUUUUUGUGGAAUCAUCUACUUUAGAUGAGGUGUCGUUUUCAACUUUUAUUUUUUAUAUUUUAUAUAAAUGGAUAAAAUCUGUCUGAACUUGUAAUGUAAUAUAAUCGUGGUGGUGGUUGUUGGGAUUGUUCAAUCAAAUGAGCACUCUGCUGUAGAGAUGAUGCUUGCUUGAGACAUUUUCGACACAGCUAUAUUAGUUGUGGACAAAGUGACAUUUUCGAGUGCAUGUUCUUUGUUCACAAUCUCUGUUUAGUAUGUUAUGUUUGGCAGUGAAAUAAUAUCUCCUGCCUAAUGCAAUUUUUCAUUUUCAUCUC